AUGGAGCGAGACCAGCCGCCCGGGGAAGAUGGGGGCAACAAGCAGACACCUUCAACUUUGAUGGAGUACCAGCUGAAGGCGUACCUCCUGCUGCUGGCCACGCUGGUGGCGACGGUGACAUACGCGGCGGGGCUCAACCUGCCAGGGGGAGCCUGGCCGGACACACAGGAUGGGCACCUCGCAGGUGACCCCAUCCUCCCAGACGCGCACUACCGCCGCUACCUGGCCUUCUACUACUGCAACGCCACCGCCUUCGCGGCGUCUCUCGUGGCCUGCCUCCUCCUCCUCGUCCUUGACGAGGAGAAGAUGGUGUGGGCGACGGUCUUGCGCGCGGUCAUGGUGCUUGAUCUGUUCGGCCUCAUGGGGGCCUACGCCGCCGGAAGCUGCCGGGACAAGUUCACCACCAUCUACGCCUCACUGCUGGUCACCUCCGUCUUCGCCAACAUCAUGUUUGUCUUCCUAACUUCCGUCUUUGCCUAUGCCCCCCAGUGGGUGUUGGGAAAGGAUGCUGAGAAGCAAGGCAAGGGCGCUAGUGACGCAAACAAGCGCGAAGAGGAGCACGAGGGGUUGAUGCUGCUCGCGACCUUCGUCGUCACCAUCACAUACGUGGCCGGACUGGGCCCGCCUGGUGGGUUCUGGAGCGACAGCCGGGACGGCCACCGCGUGAGCGACCCGAUCAUGCAGGACCACAGCACCAGCCGGUACCAGUCAUUCUUCGUGUGGAAUACCACCGCAUUCGUCGCGUCCCUGCUCAUCAUCGUGCUGCUCAUGGACAAGAAUCUGAGCAGGACCAUCUCUGUAAGGUUUGUCACGCUCUAUGGGUUCAUCGUGGUGGCGCUCUUUGGCCUAGUGGGGGGCUAUGCUGCAGGAAGCUGCAGGGAAGCCGAUGCUACCAUCUACGUCGUUUCUCUGGCUGGUGCGGUUCUUGCAAGCAUAUUUCUACAGGUGUCAAUUACUAGCGCCAUGAACAAGGAGGGCAGUUGGGGUAAUAAGCUACUCACACCCAUACGUCGUUUUACUUCACAAUGGCUGAAGAAUAUAAGAGAGUGGGAUGCACAACAAGCUGACAAAGUAUUGGAAAGGAAUCGCUCUCUUGUGAUGCUGCUUGCUACUCUCGUGGUGAGCAUCACUUAUACAGCAGGACUGGAUCCACCGGGCGGCCUCUGGCCAGAUGACCGGGAUGGGCACAAGGGCGGUGACCCGGUACUCCUCACAACCCAUCCUACUCGGUACAAGGUGUUCUUCUAUAGCAACUCAGCCGCCUUUGUGACAUCCUUAGUGGUCAUCAUAAUGGUCCAGAGUAGAUUCCUGCUAAAGCGCCAUACAUUGCACGCAGCCAUGAUACUGGAUUUGUUUGGCCUCAUAACUGCAUACGCCGCGGGGAGCAGUAGGGAUUUAAGCACCUCCAUCUAUGCUAUUGCACUCGCAGGUGUUGUCCUAGUGUAUGUGGUGAUCCAUAUAGUGUUUUUCACAUUAGAAGACCAGCAGGUGGACAACCCCCAGGAUCUCGAAAAGUUGGAUAAGAGGCGUGAGAUGCUGCUGCUGCUUGCCAUCUUGGCUGCAACGCUCACUUACCAAGCUGGGCUCACCCCGCCAGGUGGCUUCUGGUCAGCAGAUGACAGCUUUGGUCAUCAUGCCGGGUUUCCGAUCCUCUUCGAUAACUACCCUCGCCGAUACAAUGCAUUCUUCUACUGCAACGCGGCAAGCUUCAUGGCAUCUGUGACUCUCAUAGUUCUUAUGGUGAACCCCACCCUAUACAAGCCAGGCAUAAAGUGUUAUGCACUGUAUAUGUGCAUGGUGGUGGGCAUGUUUGAUCUCAUGGGUGCCUAUGCCGCUCGAAGCUCCCGCCAUGUGCGAACCUCCAUCUAUGUGUUCACUUUAGUUGCUGCAGUCUUUGCCUUCGUAAUCAUUCAGGUGAUCAUUUUCUGGAUACAAAGUUGUUGCAAAAAAGAGCAGCCAUCUACCUCAUCUGGUCCAGUGAACAAGGACUCCCGUGAGCGUUCUGAAGAAAAGGACCUUCGUGAGUACUUGAAGCUGUUAGGAGUCCUGGCUGCAAGUGUAACAUAUCAGACUGGCCUGAAACCACCAGGUGGCCUCUGGCAGGACAACAACAACGGACAUACCGCAGGCAACUCGAUCCUCCAUGACAUUGACAGAGGCCGGUUCCGUGCUUUCUUCUACAGCAACUCCACUUCAUUCAUGGCUUCUAUCGUCGUCAUCAUCUUGCUGCUUCCGCUGAACACUCACAAGUUGCCACUGUGGCCAAUGCACACUGCCAUAUUGCUAGACACGAUGGGCCUCCUUUGUGCCUAUGCGGCUGGCAGCACAAGGGAAUGGGGGACAUCCAGCCAUGUCAUCGCGCUGGUCGUUCCCGUGCUCGCCUAUAUUGCAGCCUACGCAGCAUGGUCAUUGUUCCGCAACAAGGGUCGAUGUGUGGCAACGAAGAUGCCUCAUGACCAACCAUCCCAACGAUAUGUCGCAACGGAGAUGCCACAUGUGACGUGA